UAAUAUGUGAAAUGCAGCUGUGAAAGCUUGUUUUUUUAUUUAAAAUGAUUUGCUCAUUCUCACUCCGGGUAGGCAGUUAACAGAGUCGUGUUUUUCCUGAUUCAUACGGUGGGAAAGUCUGGGAAACACGGAGACUUAACAGCAGCACCCCCGGUACCCACGCCGUGUGUGAUCCUGCCUCUGCCGGGCUUGAAAAGCUCCCCCCCCACCCCCAAACUGACUCUGCUUGCUUGUGAGAACUGGGAUUCCAGGGGACUUGCUUUUUGUCCUCGUAUUUUGUGGGGUUUUUUUGUUGUUUUUGCUUAUGGUUAUGAGUUCCCUCAUUAGUGGACAGAAAGUCCUCAUGAAAAUUUCCUUUUUUUAAUCUUUCAAGAAAAAAUAUUUGCGGGGUGUGUAUUUUAUUGCCUCCACUUGAAUUGUAAUUGUGUAUUCACAAGUCAAACCAACAGGUUGAGAGUCUAAUUCAGGUUAAGAGAAAAUGAGCUCCCGCUCCUUGGAGGACACCUGGCCCGAGCUGUCUCGUGGGCACUUGGUCCAGGAUCCCAAAGGUCAAUGGGAAGGAUGAAAACUCACCUAAACGCCUUCUAAGAUCUGCAUGGAAAGUUGCCUUAAUGCCAAGUAAAGCAGAGGAGGGAAAGAAGCCUUAUCUUUGGUUAAUAUUAAAAUUGAAAGUUUAUAUCUUGCUGGAUAUUGGAAAUUGAAUGUAAUGGCAGCAGAAUUUGUAAAGAGUUGUUGUAGAGGAUGUUUCUAUGGUGAAAAGGAGAAAAAUAACUUUUCCAUGGAAAGAGACAUUAAAGCUGCAGUCUCAAAUGGUCAAAGUACUACUAUCUGUAUACCUCCAUUGACUUCUGUUUCCAUAAAGCCUCAGGUUGGCUGUACUGAGGAUUAUUUACUUUCUAAAUUACCAUCUGAUGGCAAGGAAGUACCAUUUGUGGUGCCCAGGUUUAAGUUAUCUUAUAUCCAGCCCAGGACACAAGGAACUCUUUCACAUCUGGAAGAACUUGAAGGAUCUGCCAGAGCAUCUUUUGGCGAUCGAAAGGCAGAACUUUCUAGUUUGUCACAGCAUGGACCCAGCUAUGAUGUGUAUAACCCAUUCUAUAUGUACCAGCAUGCUUCACCUGAUUUGAAUCGGCGCCUUUCUCCACGUUCAGGAGCAAUGAGAUUAUAUGGAUCAGUUUGUGAUUUAAGGACCAGCAAACUUCCCAGUUCCCCUGGGCUAAGCAAGUCUAUGUUUGAUCUUACAAGUUCAUCUCAGCGGUUCAUCCAGAGACAUGAUUCAUUGUCCAGUGUGCCCAGUAGUUCUUCCUCAAGGAAAAAUUCUCAGGGGAGCAACAGAAGCCUUGAUACAAUUACUCUAUCAGGAGAUGAAAGAGAUUUUGGGAGACUGAAUGUGAAAGUGUUUUAUAAUUCUUCAGUAGAGCAAAUCUGGAUCACACUUUUACAGUGCAGAGAUUUAACUUGGCCGUCUAGCUACGGAGACACGCCUGCUAUUUCUAUAAAAGGAAUGCUAACAUUGCCCAAACCAGUCAGUUUUAAAUCUUCAGCCAAGGAAGGCUCCAGUACUAUUGAAUUUAUGGAAACUUUUGUAUUUGCUAUUAAACUCCAAAGCCUGCAGACUGUCAGGCUUGUAUUUAAGGUUCAAAUCCAGACUCCCAGAAAGAAGACGAUUGGAGAAUGUUCACUAUCACUCAGAAAUCUUAGUACACAGGAAAUGGAUUACUCUUUGGAUAUAACACCACCUUCAAAAAUUUCUGUCUGCCAUGCAGAACUUGAGUUGGGGACCUGUUUUCAAGCAGUAAAUAGCCGGAUUCAGUUACAAAUUCUUGAGGCACAAUAUCUUCCAAGUUCAUCAACACCUCUGACUUUGAGUUUUUUUGUGAAAGUGGCAAUGUUUAGCUCAGGAGAGUUGAUUUAUAAGAAGAAGACUCGCUUACUGAAGGCCUCCAGUGGAAGAGUAAAGUGGGGAGAGACUAUGAUUUUUCCACUUACACAGAAUGAAAAAGAAAUUAUUUUUCUCAUUAAGCUUUAUAGUCGAAGCUCUGUAAGAAGAAAACAGUCUGUGGGCCAGAUUUGGAUAAGUGAACACAGUAAUAACAUGGAAGCAGUGAACCAGUGGAAAGAGACAAUUACAAAUCCAGAAAAAGUUGUUGUCAAAUGGCACAAAUUAAAUCCAUCAUGAAGACUUCACACAUUAAUUUGGUGAAGACCUUGACUUUCUUUUAGAAGACUUAUGAUUUCAGUUUGCUACCAUGAGAAGUGACAAGUCAAUAUAUUUAUCAGUUCAUUUAUGGAGACCAUAAUUGUAGUAUACAAUCCAUCUGAUAGAAAAUUAAACCUGAUUUAAAAAAAAUGGGAUGAAUUAUGUCUGGGAUCCAAAGUAAAGAAACUGCGAAAACAGGCAAUCAAAUAAAGGGGUAGUAUUACUCGGGCAAAUAAAUUAUAAAAUUAAAUUAGUGAGAAUAUCAGUCAUACGUAGUUGAUUGCUAUGUUGUGGUUUAUUUGUGAGCUUUUCCUAGAUAUUCAAAAGCUAGUAUUCCGAGUCUGUUAUUACUAUCAGACAUUAAGAAGACUUUACUAUUGACUGAUUCAAUGCUAGUCAAUAUUGAUUAGAUCUCGACUCCACUCUUUACCUCUUACUCCAUAUUCUCAGAAGGCAAAAAUUCAACAACUGCAAUUCUUUUAUAUUUGGGGAAAAUUUGUGCCCAGUGAUUAUCAUUUCUUAUACAUAAAGCAUCACAUUGGCACUUUCUAAGUUAUUUACCUCCAAGAAACCUUGGAAAUAGAAAACUGUAUUUUGGCAAGAAUAAAGGAGAACGCCAGAUGCUGAAGUGUAAUUGAUACCAGUAUGCACACAUUUUGCUGUUUUCCUCCCUCAAAUAUUUCACUUCUUAUUUCAUUUGGAUUUGAAAUAAUAUUUAUCACCCAUAUGGCCCAUCCUAAUUAGCAGAAUUAAAUGAGCCUUAAUGGCAGAUUGAAUGUUUCAUGAUAAUCACUGCCUUGUUUUUAAGGCUUUUAUAUUUUAUUGCGCUAUAAGCCACAAUAUCACUUCCUAUGGUGUUACGUGGUAUCAUUGUGUGGCAAAUAAAUAUUUUCCGUUGCAGUUUUUUUUAGGUACUCAUUAGGACUCAGUAUUUGCGCAUAAUUUCAGUUUAAUUUGUCAUAAAAAUGAUGACCAAAAUGAAUAGGUUUUUUUUUUUUUUUAAGAAACAAAAAAUGCUAUCCCUUGGAAAAUAUGUCUUUAUUUUUUGUGACUAAGUGUAGACCAUGCACUCUGUGUUCAUAGACUUCCAUGUUUUUUCUCUCUUCAUUUGUCCCACACAUGCCAAGAAAUAGAUGGUGAUAUUUUAGUUCACAGGUGCCUUGCUGUAGCUUAAGCAUACCCUCUCCAUUCUAGUUCCUAUGUCCUGUGUAUCUCAUUAUAAUUUUCCCAAUUAAACACUUUGUUCCCCUUUUCCUAGCUACAACCUUCUCAAGUGACAACAUGUCCUUUACAUCUCCUUUACUUCUGCUGCCUGGAUUUUAUAGUAUACUGAUGGUACUGACAGGUAUACUCUGGCACUGCGCAUUUUGAAAAAUACGCACGCACCUAUUGGGGUUGUGGAAAAUGGCGUAUUGGUCAGUACUUGCAUGGACUUUUUGAGAAAUCACUUUGUGUAGUAAUGUUUUGAAUCUUUAAGUCAAUAACUGCUUAUUUUUAGAGCAGUUUUAGGUUUAUAGCAAAAUUGAAGGGAAAAGUACAGAGAUUUCCCAUAUCCACCCCACCUCCGCAUAUGCCUGUCUUUCCCUGCAGUCAACAUCCUGUACCAAUGUGGUACUUUUGUUAAAGUCAGUGAACUGACUUUGACAUAUCAUUAUCACCCAAAGUCUGUAGUUCAUAUUAGGAUUCAUUCUCGAUGUUCUGUUUUGUAUGAGUUUUAACAAAUACAUGCUGACACGUAGUGACCAUUGUAAUAUACAGACCAGUAUUACUGUCCUAAAAAUCCUCCGCAAAUGCCAUGCCUACUUUAAUAGCUACCAAAGAAAUAAGUCUGUUGGCUUUUAGAGAAUAAAUAAUAGGCUUUAUUGGUUUUCAAACUCUAGAAACUUACUUGGUUUCUUUGUGUUCUAUUAAUCCUUUCAGUUCUUAAAUAUAUGUAGUCAUAUUUAAUUCAAUUUUUAACUAUUUUAUUUAAUAGUACUUUUACAAUAUGUGUAAUAUGUGUAAUUUGAGGGAAAGCUAUGACCUCUUGGUUUGUUAUGUCUUAGAAUCCCAAGUAAAUAAAGCAAUAAAAGGAAAACCUUGUCAUGAAAAGACCUUUCAGUUAGAGAAGUAUAGAUACAACUAAAAUACCAAAUAUUUUAAUUAUUGUUUACUUAAGUCUUUUUCAGGUGAAGAAGUACUUAAUACAAAUGAUUUUUACUUUACAUGGAAAUAUAAAAAGAAACACUCAUAUUUGAGAAAAACAUUAGAAGCUGUUAAUAAAAAUGAAAUACUGUGCAAACAUCACUUCUUUGUAUUUGCUUAGGCAUUUUUGACCUUUAUCUACCUGUAAUGGGAGAAGGAAAUCAAAAUGUUGCUGGGUGGCCAGAGAAAGCAAUGGAAAGAUUCAUGUUGAUAGUUGACAUAGUGCCAAUCCGCCAAUCCCUAGCAGCCUAUUUAUAAGCUUUUGAAUUAAUACUAAUAUAAUUAAAUAACUGUUGCCCACAUUAAAAUAUAAUUAUUUGACUUUCAGUUGGUUUUGCAUGAUUUUUGUUAGGAGAACUCCUAGAGAAAUUACCUUUGAAAUAUAUCAGUUCCAGCUCUUAUCAGACUGCCAAGGAGGAACCAGUGGGAUUUUGAACAUAUGUUAUAAAACUGUAAUCUGAAAAUAACCUGAACUGUUUAAAUACAGUAAUGUGAAUUUCUCUGAUACUAAUGUCCUUAACAGCCAGAUAGAAACUGAAAAUUCCACUGUGUGUUUAAUCAAAUAAUUUUUUAUGAAGGAUUUCAGAACUAUUGCAAUAAAUUUCAACUUUUUAUGUAAUACUAAGAUUUCAAAAAAGUAUAUUUCCUUUAGGUUUUUAGUAGGGUGUUAUAAGGGAAGUGCCAGUAAAAUGUCUAUCUAUAAUAGUUAUGAGAACACUAUAUAAGCCCAGGUUCAUCAGUGAAACAGAACCAACAGGAGAUCUCUUUCUCUCUCUCUCAUACACAUACACACUUGACAAGAGGAAUUGGCUCAUUUGAUUACAGAGGCUGAGAAAUCUCACCACCCACUGUACAAGCUGGAGAUGAAGGAAAGCUGGUAGUGUAAUUCAGUCUGAAUCUGCAGGCCUGACAACCAAGGGAGCUGAUAGCAUAAAUCCUAGUUUGAGGGCAGAAGAUAAGAUGGGAUAUCCGAGGUCAUCAGUGAUAUAUGAAAAAAGGUGAAUUCCUCUUUUCUUUGCCUUUUCUUCUGUCUAGAUAGACACAUUGGGACAGGCGUAAGCUAUAAUUCUUGUUCAAAUUUAAUUUCAAAUACUUGUGGUUUUGGCUGAAACAGUGAGUUAAAGGAAAAGUAGAUGCAUAUCAAGUACUAUGUUGAAAUAGAAAAUUAAGAUUAAAUGUAUAGUAAAAGUUAAUGUAGUCCUCCAAAAUUUGUUUCGUGGGUGAUGAAUUGUCUGAAAAUGACUGCUGCCUAGAUUUUCAGUAAUUUCCUAGUAGAGAGUUAUUUUCACUUGGUACUUAGGAUUUUUAAAUAUUUUCACCUAUAAAAUAUCUAUAAAAUAGCUAUUAUUUAAUACAACUAACAUAUAUAACUAGAUUGACUACAUUAAAUUAUAGGACCCUGACAACAGCAAUAGAGGUCUAGAAAGAAAGUUGUGUGUCUUCUCAGAUGGCCUGAUGGUAUGAUUCAGUUCUGAGCUACAUCACUGAAAUGAGGUAUGUCUUGCAGAUGAUGAUGAUUACUAAGUAUUCAUUUCCUUUUUCUCAUCAAUUUUCAGGGCCACCAUUCUUUAGUUUUUAAGUAGGAUGACCAGAAAUACCUAGCCUUCAUGAUAGGACUAAAUUUAUGUAACAGAUAAAUUUGGGUGGUUGUGGUUCUUAAUUGUCCUUUAAUUUCUGGGUGUUCAAUGUCUUGAUUAUACAAUGUAUGCUGUCUUAUUCUUGAAACAAGUCAAUUUUUCAGUGAGUCACUUGAUAUAUUUAAUAAAUGCAAAAAUAUUUGUGUGGUACUUCAUUCAAAAACUAGGUACUUUCAGUGUGAAGAAGCCAUCACUUUACUGAGGGGUUUUAUGUCCUAGUAGGGAAAAAAUAUAAUGCCAAAUUAUAGUAAACACAGUUUUUGAGAUGUGGACAA